AUGGCUCACUUGCGGAAGGAGUUGCAACUGGAAGAUCCAACUUUACAGCUGCUCUGGGAGCAGCGCUUGGGGCGGGCCCGGCGCGUGGGCGCACACCGGACGCUCGUGAUCUACUCGGGGCCUGUGACGGUUGACACCAGGAAGGCCAAGGUCGCCAUGUACAUGCGGAACUUCCGAUACUUUCUCAAGUAUGCCACUUGUCCAGACGCCCUCGUGGAGAUCUUAGUCGUCGUUGGCCGUUCGGUGAAUAUUGCUGCGUUUCAGCCGGGCGUGGACAUCGGUGGAAAGGUGACCUGGCUACGUCGCGGCCCCAACUGCUACGACUUCGAGGCAUACCGGAUAGGCUUGCGGUAUAUCGGCGCGGAGAAUCUGAAGCGCUACGAUCGCUUCGUUUUCUUGAACUGCGGCAUCGGUGGCCCCUUUCUGCCGGAAGAGGCUAUGACUUCACGGGUUCACUGGUCUCGUUUCUUCACUUCCCGUGUGACUGAGAAGGUGAAGCUUGUCGGGAUAACGAUGUCGAACCAGGCAGCAACUCCGGCUUUUGUCGGCCAGAGGUACAACCACGUGCAGUCCAUGCUUUGGGCCACGGACCUCUCUGGCUUGCAGGUGAUCCUCCGGCAUUUGGAGCAGGAUGUGAACAUCAACUUCUUCUCCCGAGAUGAGCCGAGUGAUCUGAACGCCACACUGAAAGUCUGGCCUGCAGUGACAGUGAAGUGCCGCACGGCAGAUCCCAAGAAGGGAGAGUUCGUCGAACUUGGUCUCGAGGACUUUGUGAACAGCGCAGAGGUCAAUACUUCGCAGAGACUGUUUGACAUGGGUUUUCUUAUUUCCGCCAUUGCGCGAUCCGACCAGCGCCUGGAGCUGUCCCGCACGGACGCGAGGCUUUUGCAUGGAGAUCCUUG